GAGCCGCUUGAUACAACAAUCGUACAGCCGCCGAGGACAUCAAUGGUGGAGUACGCAAACGAGUCCAUUCAGGGAAAGGUCUGAGAAAGACCAUUAUUAGGGCUUUACAUGGAGAGCUGAAAUUAAGUAUGAGGUUAACGUCCUUAAUGAUGUACAAAUCUCCGGCUUUGCUAUUUAUUUUGUAUGUGUAUAUUGGAUUUUCUGAAGCCGCACCGCGCGUCAACCCCUACGAUGCGUCGUCUAAUGUUAUCUCCAGGAAACCUCGCUCAGCCUCCGAGACUCUGGAGUCUUAUUACACCAUCAUGCCUAAUCGCUUACCUGAGGACAGAUUUGUGCUAGGCCCUUUGCCUGGGCUUACACCUUCUCCCAGCAUUGCUUCUACCGGCGUGACCAGCAAUACGAGACCUGUCUCUGCAUCUCAUGUCUCGGGAACCGCAACCACCUUUCAGCCACCGACAACAGACCCAACUACACCGAGCAUAGAAUCUAUAUCAACAACUAGAGACCAAAUAACAGCUUUUAUCUCCAGAAUAUCUGGUUCUAGCAAAAGAUCCACUGAUGCACAAACAUCAGUUUUUCCCCCUGAAAAAAUGAUGCAGACCAUGGUCUCCAUGGUUUCACAGCGUACCACAAAUGAUGCAUGGCCUGCAGAUAUAAUCGAAACACAUGUUACCUCAACCGAGAAUAGUCAAGAGGUUCUCUGCAACUGCAGUAGCGAGGGGGUCCUGGACCCAGACGACUGUGACCAGAGCACGGGCCAGUGUGCCUGCAUGUCGGGGUACACUGGCCUGCAGUGUGAGGACUGUGAGGAGGGCCACUUCACCAACGGCACCACCGGCUGCCUCCCCUGCGGCUGCGACUCCUUCGGCGCUGUGAAGCCCCUCUGUGACAGCUCAGGGAUGUGUAUGUGUAAGACUGGCGUGUACGGGCCCAAGUGCGACGAAUGCCAUCCAGGGUUCUUCCGUUUCAGCAGCACGGGGUGCCAGCCUUGCCAGUGCAACAACCACACCAACUACUGCCACCCCCAAUCCGGCAUCUGUCUGAACUGUCUGGACAACACCAAAGGACACAACUGUGAGGAGUGCAAGCUCAAGUUCUACCGGAGCCCCGGAGCUGCCCCGUCAGACGCUUGUGUCUCCUGCCCCUGCUCCAACACCAGCUCCAACGGCAGCUGUCAGUCUGCAGACUCUGAUGGGUUCCCAGUGUGUGACGGUUGCCUUCCUGGGUACAGUGGUCAGCAGUGUGACAGCUGCAGCGCUGGCUUCUACAGCUCGGCUGGUGGGUGUGUGCCUUGUGACUGCAGUGGGAAUGCAGACCCCAGAGGUCCUGCCCAGCCCUGCCACUCGGAGACCGGGCACUGCCUGAGCUGCGUCAACAACACCACAGGGCCUCGCUGCCAGCUGUGCGCCCCCGGCUUCACAGGAGACGCCCGUGCCCACAACUGCACCCGCCCAGCAACCCGGGUCAUUCCAAUCCCGGUAACCAGAACGACAUCAGAAGCCCUUAAGACCACAACCACCAUGUCUGCUACCCCUUCUACCACUAUGAUCCCCAUCGUGCUCACCAGCGCCCCACCAUCCACCUCCACCACCAACUCCACCCUGCUGAGCACCGCCACCACCCAGGCCCUGCUGACCAGCCUGGGCAGCCCCACGGACAACACCACGGCGGCCCUGACUGAGGUCUCCUGGACCCAGUUCAACAUCAUCAUCCUGGCCGUCAUCAUCCUGGUGGUGCUGCUGCUCCUGGGCUUCGUCGGGGGGGUCUACACCUACCGCGAGUACCAGAACCGCAAGCUCAAUGCUCCCUUCUGGACCAUCGAGCUGAAGGAGGACAACAUCAGCUUCAGCAGCUACCACGACAGCAUCCCCAACGCCGACGUGUCGGGCCUGCUGGAGGACGAAGCCAACGAGGUGACGCCCAACGGCCAGCUGGCGCUCACCACGCACGCCCCAAACUGCUACAAGGCCUAGCCGCUCCGCAGGCUGGACGUCACGUGUACGACGAGAGACAUGAGUACGUGGUUGACGACCUUUUCCGACGCUGCUGGACACACCAAACCCCAAAGCUUCCCAGUGUGACGACUCGGUAGCCAGUUGCCUCUGGCGCAUCAUAACGGUUUUGCAUUAGGCCAGACAUGACCAAACGGGUUCCGGAAACAAAACAACAACAAAAAAAGGGAAGGAAUGUUGUUUUGAGUUUGUCUCUAAUUUGAUCGAUCAAGCUCUUUUUUUUGUUGUUGCUCUUGGACACAUCAUUAUUGAUGUCCUUAUCAGUUUGAAUCAGGGUGUUUGAAUUGCAACAUCUCACACACACACCCCCAUGUAACCCAGCCAAAGGUUUUUCCGUCCCCUGCUUGGCACCAAGCUAUUUCCCAUGGAUUAUCUGAUACCCUUCCAUCUCAAAUAAUGACGAACCUUUAGGGUUACUCAACGACCAAGUCAUACUCUCAGCAGCAACAUGCAGAAGACAAAAGAAUGGCUAGCCUACACUAGCACCUGACUGGCACCUAACUGCAGGUAGAAAGUGGUAUCAUUACUGAAGAUGAAUGGUUUCUCCACAUGAGAACACCAGUGAAAAUGUUGUUGAAAAGUGUAGGGUGCUUUGCUUUAGAUGUGCCCAGUAGAGUGCGCUGUUGCAGAGUUGGAAGGGUCUAGUUCCUGUAGGGUCAAGAUGGGUGAGAGCACACAGAUUCUAAUGCAGCUUACUGAAGACCUCACCUGGAGACUAGCGUUUUACAACUUACAAACGAUGAACAGUUUAAGUUAUAACUUGAAGAGCGAUCUGGUGGAGACAAUGAUUGUUAUUUAAUUCAUUUUUAGUCAUUUUUUAUUUAUUGUUUUAAGUUUUGUUCUGGGGGGGGGGAUGCUGCACAUGUAUGGCGUGUUAUUCAUGGUGUUUUAUCUUGUGUGCUAUAUUGAAUAGUAAUUGAAAUGGGCAAUAUGUUUUCAUGUACAGUACAUGUCUUCUUGUGAGAGUUGUCGGGGAACAUUUAAGACUGCUGGCUAACCUAAAAACAUUAAUGACCUCAUCUCCUGCUCAGUUUCUCAAGUUUGAUCCUUUAUGAAGAGUUGCCCGGUCUUUUACCUUGAGUAUUCAAAGAGGAGUGUAUAAAUUAUAAAGCUGCCCUAUCUUGUACCUAGCCUCUACCCACUUAUCAUUGUGGCUCAUAACACCUUUAUGGACUGUCACUUUUUCUCGUUCUUUCGUAAUCUGAAUUUUGGAUCUGCAGGUCUAAGAAAGACAUAACUCAACAGACGUUGAUGAACCAAUUUUCCAAGUAGUUACUGUUCAUUUUUAUUUUUGUCAGUCUUUGAAUUCUGUAUAAAAGAAAUGGAUGCGUUGCUUGCCACAAUACUUGACAACAUAAUGACUAUGUUUUCUAAGGGGCUGACGGCCCAUCAUUAAAGGGUUAGCUAGUAAUGGAACACUCCUCAGGCACUGCUUCUGUCCCCAAUGUGAUAACUGUAAAUAUGCAUAGGACAUUGUACAGACGAAUGUGAAUAGAAUCAUUAAUAUUGUACAGGUACGUAGAACUAAGUACUCACUGAAGUCAUUUCCCUUCCACAAGAAGGGUACAUUUAGGCACAGUCCACAGAGUUGGGAAUACAAGUUACUCUUUAAGAUUCGUUUAUCCUAACCUGCUGUUCUCAAAUAGAAAUGAUGGUGUAAAUACUACUAACUGAGAUUUGUCUCAAUCACAACAUUAAAUAAAAUUGGAUUUA